AUGCGAUUCUCACGACCAUAUAUACGAUUAUCUCCGACCACCAUCCUAGAAUCCUUCAAACUACCACUAACAACACGACCAACAACCCUACACACAUAUACCCAACCGUUUAACCACCAGAUUCCAGCACUUCUCAAGAAAAGCGUAGAACUCUCCAACUUCAACAUGUGCCAAUACAACUUUGUUCACUACGCCGCCUGCAAUCACACUGUCCCGGACAAAGACGUCCCGCUCGCCCGAUGCAAGUCCAAGAUUCGGACUCUGUGGCAGAAAGCAUGCGACCAGUCUGAGACGGAGGUGAUUGCGGAACCUGGGCUGUGUGAGGAGUGCGUAGACAAGCUGGAGGGAAAGUUGCUGAAGCUUGAGAAGCUUCAGAACAAGGAGUUGCGUGCGGAGGAGAAGGCGAAGAAGAGGCAGGGAUGA